GGUGCAGCACCCUCAAGGUUCCACUGAUACUGGAUCUGAUCUGAUCUGCUUGGUUGUCGAGUUGCUCCAGGGAGUUAGCUUGCCUGCUUGUGUCGUACAAUGCUGUAACUCGUGACAGCUCAGCAUCUCAAACCAUAGCCACAGGCCCCAACAUCUGACUUGUGCUCUCUCCAGUUUCCUCCCCAUGGCGUGCCAUAUUUUCUGGUAUUUCUACUAAUUAUGAUCUGUAAAAACACAAUAUUUGGCUCAUUUACACUAUUUUGAUCUUAUCGUCACUAUCGCCAUCUCUGAGUCUAAAUCUAGCCCGACCGGAGCCACCUCUAGCUCCCUCAGAUAAACCACCCAGCUUCCUCCAACCCUAAAUUUCUACCACUUACAACCCAUCCAUUCUCAUUACCAAGUCACGUUCACGAAACACCAGCAUCACCAAAUCAGAUACCUCUCUUAUCUUACUCUGUACCUCGGUUUUGACGUCGCACCACCGCAAAGGACAGCUUGCACGUGCUUAACUCCAUCCUCUUUAGCUCGAGGAAACCAAGCCUAUCGAUCAGCUCUUCCCCAACGAACCUCUCUACUUCAAUUCUCAUCAGCCUUCUCAGUCUCUUCCCAUGUCGACCACACCGUGGGAUUACAUCGCCAAGCUCGUCUGCAUCGGCGACUCAGGAUGCGGCAAGUCCAGUCUUACCAUUCGUCUCUGCGAAGGACGCUUUUCGCCUCAUCACGACGUCACCAUUGGCGUUGAAUUCGGCUCCCGUAUCGUCCCUGUCGGUCCUCCCCACUCAAAAAUCGGCGCCGCCAACUCUUCAGACCCCGAUAGCAAAGACCAAGAAGCCGACGGUCUCCCUGAACCUCCUCGGGAUGACUCCAACACACCCCAGAAGCAUAUGAAGCUUAGUCUUUGGGACACAGCUGGCCAGGAGACAUACAAGUCUGUCACUCGAUCUUACUUCCGAGGCGCAAGCGGUGCCUUGUUAGUCUUUGACCUGUCUCGAAAGCAAACCUUCCAGCAUGUUACAGACUGGCUCAACGAUCUACGACAGAUCGCCGAGCCUGAUAUUGUGGUCAUCCUGGUUGGUAACAAGGCAGAUCUGACACAACAGGAGGACAACAAGCGUGAGGUCACACGCGAGGAGGCAGAGGAGUGGGCCAAGCGUAACGGGGUUAUGGAAUACGUCGAGACAAGCGCAAAGAGUGGCGAGAAUGUGGAAAAGGCUUUCAUGCGGGUAGCAGAGAGGAUAUACAACAACAUCCAGGCGGGCAAGUAUGAUCUCAAUGAUAGAAGAUCUGGGGUCAAGGGUGCAGGGGCUGGUGGAAACCGCCAAGUCAAGCUAUCUGGAGAUGCCAACAAGUCAGCAGGAGGUGGCUGUUGCUAGAGGAUAACCCAGGACAAUACGAAGAGGAGGGCACAAAUGAUCUACAGACACACGACGCAUCAUGAUACCCAGUCAGCCAGCAAACGUCGUCAUCAUCGAACAAGUGUAUGAAAAGCUCAAUAUGAAUUGUACACAAUAAUGCAUAAUACAUUGCUGGCCUUACCGAGGCCACCUUUAUUAAGGACGCAACAGAAAUGACAAUAUCAUAGCAUUACCGAAACAAGAUCCAUCCAUAACUGCCUCGUUUUGUUGAUCCUGCUUCGUCUUUUCUUCCUUCGUCCCUUGCUUUGAUUUCCCAACAAAUCCCGCGACCCGUCUUUUACAUGGAUUCCCCAAUUCUAUAUCCUUGCAGCACGUUUUCGAAAUCGAAUAACACAAACACGUCUGCAUGGCGGUGCAUGAGACAGCUCGUCUAGAUCACUGUGUAAUCGAGAGAAGAGAGAUUGCUCAAAACGUUGAUCAAUCCCUUAGUCAGUGACUCGCCAGUUGUCGAACCACUUCAUGUACUUGUACUGCUUGUGGUUGCCAGUCAUGCCCCAGCAAAUGGGGAUGAAGUAAAUGUAAAGACCGAUAAUGACGGUGUAGAGAAUGCCAUACACGAUGGUCUGGAUGGUCUUGUUGCGGUUGCGAGUGAACCAGUCAACAAGGAAGCCAAAGUUGAGAAUGGCAAAGUAGAGAGCCGGGUAGUAGUGAUGCACGUAAGUAACACGGGCCAUGAUAACAAAAGGAAGAUAGUGGAGGAACCAGCCGGCAAGAGGGUACAGUGCCGCAUAGUGAAUGUGGUCAAUCUCGUUCUCGCUGAGAUCGUUGACACCUCGUUGCCAUCGAAGGAUGUACCAGACAAUGACAAGGCCAGCAAUUCCAAGAGAAGCAGUAGAACCCCAGUAGAUGAGAGGGUUACCAAGGAGGAAGUACUUGACGAUAUCAUCACCCCAACCGCACAUACGGAGACCGACGUGAAGGAAAGGCCACUGCCACCACUUGGAGGCAAGGUCAUCUUGCUUGUCAGGGUCGGGGACCAGAGCGUUGUUGGAGGUCAUCAUAGCGACGUUCAGGUGGACGAAGUCAUGGAAGAAUGGGGACUUGUAAACACCAGCCUCGGCGGGAGGGACUAUAUAAAAUUAGCAUGAGCAAGUCUACAUCGUUUUCUUCAAAACUCACGCUUGUCGUUCCAGUGAGCCUCAACGUUCCAGUGGGUGUAAGUGUCACGGG